AUGAAAGCUGUGCCGCAGAUGGUGUCUCCCCGCAUUCAGAGAUGGGCUGUAACCUUGAGAGCUUAUGAAUAUGAGAUUGUUUAUAAGCCAGGGACACACCAUAGCAAUGCGGACGCGCUGAGCCGUCUGCCGCUACCGGGGCAUCUCAAGGAAGAGGAAACGGAGGACCGAGUGUUGAUGAUGGAGGACAUUACGUUGGUGUCCGCAAAGGAACUGAGUGAAUGGACACGAAAAGACCCGGUGCUAGCUAGAGUGUUUCAGUGGGUCCAGCAAGGCUGGCCAAUCCAGAAAACUGAUCCAGGUUUUCGACCUUAUGAGGUGAGGAAAACAGAGCUGAGUGUGCAAGCUGGAUGUGUGUUGUGGGGGGCACGAGUGAUAAUUCCACCCCCAGGAAGACGUGCACUUUUACAGCAAUUGCAUCAAGGUCAUGUGGGCAUAACCCGAAUGAAGGCCUUAGCACGAAGUUAUUUCUGGUGGCCCAAGUUGGACCACGACAUUGAAGUCGCUGUGAAAGAGUGUAACACCUGUCAAGAACAUCGUAACUUACCUGUGGGGGCACCACUACACCCAUGGGAGUGGCCGAGUAGACCUUGGCAGAGACUGCACAUAGAUUAUGCCGGCCCUUUCUUAGGGGCAAUGUUUUUGAUAAUCAUGGAUGCCCAUUCUAAAUGGAUGGAUGCCUAUCCAGUCAAAACACCCACUUCUACCACUACCAUUGAAUGCCUAAGGAAGAGUUUCAGUAACCAAGGACUACCAGAGACUAUUGUAUCAGAUAAUGCUUCAUGUUUCACGAGUGAAGAGUUCAAGGGGUUUCUGGAAAAAAAUGGCAUCGUACAUGUCACAUCGGCACCAUACCAUGCAGCUUCAAAUGGUUGUGCUGAAAGGGCUGUCCAG